UCAUAUAGUUAUCAAACUGUGAGAAAGGAUAUGUAUGUAAAUUAUAAUUAUUUAAUUCUUUAAUAUAAAAUGUCCUAAAAUACAUAUAUUUUUGGAAGUAUAACAGUAAACUAUAUGUGAUAAUGAAUUAUAAAAACUUUUAAAAAUAUUUUUCAAGGACUGGUACAAGGUUAAAUUAUUUACAAAUGGCAGAUAAAGCUAUUAUGAAGCAAAUAGCAGAACAAAAACUUAAAGCAUUUUCUAUUGGCACAAUGGGUAAAAGACCAUUAAGUAAAAAAGAAUUAGAAGAACAACGUAAAAAAGAACAAGAACAAGCUGCAGCUCAAGCAUUUGAAGAAUUUGUAGCAACUUUUCAAGAAACGCCUAAUAAAACAACUAGCAAGGUUUGGGUAAAAGCAGGAACAUAUGAUGCAGGCAAACGACAGGAAGAUACAAGAGAAAAAGGAAAACUUUAUAAGCCACAAUCAAAAAUAUCAGAGCUUGUUGAUAGCAGAUCAUCAGCUGAACAAGCACAAGAAUAUGCAAGAUUAUUAGGAUCUAAUGAAAGAAAAUUAGACAGAUUAGGCAAAAAGAAAAAAGAAGGUGAAAAAAAGAAGAGUAAUCUUGAAUUAUUCAAAGAGGAAUUAAAAAUGAUACAAGAAGAACGAGAAGAAAGACAUAAAUAUAAAGGUGUAGUGAAAAAUGUUAUUUCUACCCAAUCAGAAGAUCCAAUGUUGGCAGCUUUAAAAUGUGUUGAAGAUGGAUCAUUUGACAAUGGAGAUCCUAACACUACUAAUCUAUAUUUAGGAAAUUUAAAUCCAAAGAUUACAGAACAACAAUUGAUGGAAAUAUUUGGCAAAUAUGGUCCAUUAGCUAGUAUUAAAAUUAUGUGGCCACGCAGUGAUGAAGAAAAAGCCAGACAAAGAAAUUGUGGGUUUGUUGCAUUUAUGAGUCGUAAAGACGGAGAACGAGCAUUAAAAAAUCUGAAUGGUCGUGAUAUAAUGCAGUAUGAAAUGAAAUUGGGCUGGGGAAAAAGUGUUCCAAUUCCACCUUACCCCAUUUAUAUUCCACCUGCUUUAAUGGAAAUUACACAACCACCACCUCCAUCUGGUCUUCCAUUUAAUGCUCAACCGCAUCGCCGUGAUAGACAUAAGAUACCUCGUAUUCGUAAUCUUCAAACAGCAGAUCCUCAGGAAAAAGAAAAUUUUGAAAAGGUUUUACAAAAUGCAGUUGUCAAAGUGGUUAUUCCUACAGAAAGGAAUUUAGUUAUGUUAAUACAUAGAAUGGUAGAAUUUGUAAUUCGAGAAGGUCCUAUGUUUGAAGCAAUGAUCAUGAAUAGAGAAUUAAACAAUCCAAUGUUUAGAUUUUUAUUUGAAAAUUAUUCUCCAGCACAUAUUUAUUAUCGAUGGAAAUUAUAUUCUAUAUUACAAGGAGAUGGACAAAAAGAAUGGCGCACUGAAGAUUUUAGAAUGUUUAAAGGUGGAAGUGUGUGGAGACCACCUCCUAUUAAUCCAUGGACGCAAGGAAUGCCUGAUGAAUUGAUUGAAAUGGAAGAAAGACAAGAACCUAGAAGAGGUAGUUUAUCAAACAGCCAACGAGAUCGAUUAGAAGAUUUAUUACGAAACAUAUCACCUGAAAGAAUAAAAGUUGCAGAAGCAAUGGUAUUUUGUAUAGAACAUGCUGAAGCAGCAGAAGAAAUUUGUGAUUGUAUUUCAGAAUCAUUAUCAAUAUUACAAACUCCUGUUAAUAAAAAAAUUGCAAGAUUAUAUCUUAUAUCCGAUAUAUUACAUAACUGUGGUGUAAAAGUAAAUAAUGCUACAAUUUAUCGCAAAGCAUUUGAAACACGACUUUUGGAUAUAUUUAAUGAAGUUCAUCAAGCUUAUAAACAAUUUGAUAGUAGAUUAAAAGCAGAAGGAUUUAAAGUUCGUGUAAUGAGAAUGUUUAGAGCAUGGGAAGAUUGGGCAGUUUAUCCACGAGAUUUUCUUGUUAAAUUACAGAAUACUUUCCUCGGGCUUGUUUUAGUAGAUGAACCAGAACCUGAAAAUGAUGAAGAUAUUGAUGGAGCGCCUUUAUCAGAUGUAGAUGGAGAUGGUACGGAAGAUUUAGAUGGAGUACCAUUAGAUGGUGCAGCUCUUCUUAAAGGUGCUAUGAAACAUGGUUUGACACCACAAACAACUAAUUACGAUGACAUUGAUGGUGUACCUAUGGAUGAAGAUAUCGAUGGUGUUCCUAUGGAUGAAGAUGAUUCUUCAAAUGUACAAAGUAAAGAAGAUGAUAAAAAACCAUCGAUUCCUGCAGGAUUUGUACCAUCUCGUUGGGAAACUGUUGAUCCUGAUCAGGUUGAAGCACAAGCCAUGACGACUAGCAAAUGGGAAGAAUUAGGUCAAAAUGAUGAUUCGAAUUCUCAAGAUACUAGUAUGGAUUCUAGUGGUAGGGAUUAUAAUGAAGAAAGACGAAGUCGACUACGUGAAAUUGAAGUUAAAAUAAUGCAAUAUCAAGAUGAAUUAGAAAGUGGUAGAAGAACAUUAAAAUCUGGUAUGACAAUUCAAGGACAAGUAGAACAUUAUAGAAAAAAACUCAUAAGAAAGAGUGAAAGAGAGAUGAAAGAUGUAAAAAGUGAAGAACGUGAUGAUGAACGACGAAGAGAAAAAAAGCGAAGCACAACUCCAGAAUCUCCAAGCCAUUAUAGAGAUCGAAGACGAAAUUCAACAAGCCCAUCUUCUAAAAGUAAUAGAUAUAGAUCACGUAGUAGAUCACCGCGAGGUAAACGUAGAUCACGAUCACCAUAUAAAAAACGGGUACCAGUGACACCAUCACCACCACGUAUUCGACGAACACCUUCGCCUUCCUUUUCAUCCAGAGUAUCUCGUAGAUCGCCUACUAAUGAAAGAAAUGACAGAAAAAGAAGGGGUAGAUCACCAUCAUUGUCACCACCACCUCCACCACGUACUUCAAAACAUAGAGCUAAUAGUCCUCCUUCUCCAUCACCACGCAAAUAUAGGCAUAAGCAUAAAUAUUAAAUUAUUUUACAUUAUAUUUUCUACAUUAUAAGAAAUACAUGUCAAUAGAAUUAAAAAACAAAUAGCGUUAUAAAAAUAAUGUUAUUGUUAUAAAAAAUUAGUUACUGCAAUACUAAUUCAAUGAUACAAAAUACUUUUAUGUUUUUUAAAUAUUUAGAUACUCUUUUUUUUCAAUUUUCCUUAAAUUAAUUCACUUUAUAUGUAUAAUUGUUUAUAUAUACAAUGAUAUGUGACAAAUACAUGGAGAAAUAUACUGAUUCUUAAUUAUAAUAAAAAAAUAAUUCUAUUUAUA